CCGAGCAAACGCCUCGCCUUCUGCUGUCAGUAGAGCGUUGCGUCGCGUCGAGUACGGCCGCGUUUGAAGUCGGCGUGCGUCCGCCAUAAAGCUAAAAUGCCAAAGCGCUUUACAGGGAAGCUUUGCGGCUUUCUGUUCAACCACUUGGAGCGCUGUACGUUCGGCGACCGGCUCUGCUGGAUCCAUCGGACGUCGGGAGUCUUCCAGAUCUUAUGGCGGCACGGCAACGGAGCGUCAGCCACGCCGGAGGAGGACUGCGCGGUCUUCAUGGAAUGGCAUCGGUACAAGAACCGCCGCUCCGUAGAGUGCGCCCCACUGGAUGCGAAGCAACGGUUUCGCGCAGCCUUGAACAAGAUGAAGCUGGAUGUCGUGAAGGGCUGGGAGAAUAAAGUUCCUGAAAAGAACUUUCAGUAUCGAAAGUUUCCCAAAGAAGAUUUAGAGUACCUGCUCAAGAAAGGAGACCAGCGUGUUCCCGCUUCGCCCGCAGUCUCUGGUGAGGACGUGUCCGAGACUGAAUCUCAACCGACCUCGCCCCACGACCUAUCGAGCCCUGACGCGGACUCUGAGCCAACCUCGCCCGACAGCUUUCACAGCGCGGGAUCCGAGCCGGUGAAGUCGCCGGAGGAGUGGUCGCAGCCGCAGACGGGUACCCGCUAUUCCUACAUGACUCCGCUGGGCUCCGAGGCGCCUUACAGAUCCCUGACCAGUGACGAGCAGUUGUUUCCUGAAGAGGUAGAAGAUAUGUUCUACAGCUACGACAAUAACGAGAGCGCUGUCAAAAGGCCGCUCGAGCCUACGGACGAAACCCUUCCCCGUGACGAGAACAUUGAUGAGGAACUUUUUGUCGAUACAUACCUUGGUGAGCUACUGCUCAUGGACGAAGACACUCUCGUUUCUUCAUUCGGUAACUCUUUCUCUUCAAAGCUAUAGCAGUGUCACUUGGUGAUUCGUCGGAUGUGCACUUACCAUACAUGUAUGCUUGUCCACCUGCAGGGCUUCUUGUUGAUAUGUUUGCCUUUGCUUUCAUCGCUUUGUUUUACUCUCACUUAUGGUUUGAGCGUCUGAAGUCGCGGGUUAUAUUUCAGUGGCCGAAUUUCCAUAAAUGUAGAAAGCAAAAACAUUUGUUUGGGAGAUUUUAAUCUGCUUUAUCGAAACAGUUCCAAACUGUCAAAAUUCACCCCGGAGCCAUCCACAGUAGUGUACAUAAACCAUAGUGUCUGUUGUAAGAGCCUCUUCAUUACUGAUGAUGAUGUGUGGUGUUUUGUGGCGCAAGGGCCAGGUUUGCCCAAAGAGCGCCAAGACAAGUGCCUCUUCAUUAUUCCUUUAGCUAUUGUGAUAAGGCGGCAUACAAUGAAGUGGUCACAUUUGUGCGAAGCCGCAGCGCGUGUCCUCAAUUAUGUUGAGGUUACGACUUACUAGUCGUACGGGAGAAGGUAAACUGUUGUGCCUUAUACUACAAGAUAACGUUUAAUGCCGAUAAACUUACUCUUCUAUGAAAAGACGCGGAAUUGAAAAUUGCGUUGAUUUAGCAAAGGAACAAAGGCGUGCACUUUGCUUGGUUAUUUUUUACUUCAGUGACAGAUUUUUUUUUUUUACUGUGCGGUUCACCAUCAGCCUAUUUUAUGAGCACUAUACAAGACGAAGGUCUCUCCUAGCGAUCUCCAAGUUACCGUGUGUAUACCGCUCUCAAAGAGACAACUUCUUUGCGCGGUUUAUCUUAGCCAGUAAUUCGUAAUUGUUGUUUCCCAUGUGACGUUGCACCGACUCCAUGCACACUGGCGCUCAACUAGGAGGGAUCCAAUACAUGUGGGUAUCCCGUCUGUGCCCUUUGGAUGAGAUGAAUUUUAGUAUCUGUUCUUAUGAGUACGUUCUGCCGUGUCAUUUCUUCUUUCUUUUCAUAUUGCUUUUAAAGGGAGAAUGCUGGUGUCUGUACAAAGCUCGGGUACAGCGAAGGAAUUGCGCCGAAUAUGUUGAACGUGUUUGCAAAGUCUUAAUGCGUUUGUAAAGUCUUGGGUACAUUUCGGACAGUGGCAAAACAGACCUCCAGGGACUUCUUAAGGGGUGUGGGAACUUUCUUUUCGCUGUCUUUGAUGUAACAGUAGAUCGGAUUGGCAAACAUCUGCAAGUUCUUUUUUUUCCUCACUGUAAACCCAACAAACUGUCUCGAUGAUUGCGGUCUUUAAAGAAAAUAAAACCCACGCAUCCAGGUUUAGCGACUUUCUGCUGGUUGCUGUUAUUUUGUACGGCAACGAUCUCGGGCAUCUAGCCGGCCCUGUGUAUAUAGUGCUCAUGUACUAAUUAUUUUGUUAUUAUUGUUAUUUCAUUAUUUUGUUACAUGUUAUCUGUCUUUGGUGUCUCCCGUCAGGAACAGUGUAUAUAUAUGUAGAGUGUUUGCGUGGCAGUUUCACGCACUGUAGUGCGUUUGUUGCAAUCGGUGAUGUGAUUCUAAUAUAAUUUUGUUGAAUAAAACAUGGUUCAUUGCUCAGUA